CGGGCGACGGGCAACAGCCGCGGAGCGGAUCCGAAGCGAAACCGGAGCGAACCGGGAGCGGGGCGGAGCUGGAAGCGGAUGCAGGCGGGCAGCGGGUUCCGGCGGAAAGGGCCGGGCGCGGCGCUGGGGCCGGAGGAGUUUCCGCGCCUUCCCCUCCUCCGAGCCGCGCUGACCCCCCCCCUUGGGGACCCGAGCCUUCCUCCUCCUCCUCCUCCUCCUCCUCCUCGGGCCAUGCUGCUGCCGUCCGACGUGGCCCGGCUGGUGCUGGGGUAUUUACAACAGGAAAAACUUCUAGCUACCUGCCGUGAAUUUAUUUUAGAAAGCUCGGAUUUGAAAGAAUAUGCGGAGCACUGUACAGAGGAUGGGUUUAUUCCAGCCUGCUUGCUGUCCCUGUGUGGAAAAAACUUGACAACUAUUCUGAAUGAAUAUGUAGCCAUGAAAACAAAAGAAACAACAAAUGAAGUUCCAGCAAUGAUGUCAUCUCUGUGGAAAAAACUAGAUUACACACUUUCUCAGAUCAGGAGCAUGCAGAAUUCCACAGGAUUUUCUGCUAAUCAAAGGACACGUACUAGAAGUGGAAUUGUAGAAAUGAAAAGACAGAGAAUGCUUCAGCAAUCGGCUCCUCCAAAUUCAGGAUUAUUAUCUGUAGCCCAUCAGUCAGCGCCACAGAAUUCCUCUUCUGUUGUAUCUCCUCAAGUUAUUCACAGGCCAGCAAUAAAUCAGAAUAUAUCACAGACAAGACUGAAUACGUUGUUUGUACACCAGUCACAAACCCAAGAAAACAAAAUCAACACAGGAGAUUUCAUACACAUUCAAGUUCCAGCAACACAGGAACGAAAGCUCCAUUCAAAUUUGCUUUCUCCAGGAAGACGGAAAAGUGAAUCUCAGAAGAGGAAAAGUAUCACAGCCUCUGGGCCUCUUCCAGCAAGUAGGAGUUCUCAAGACCCUGAUGAAGUAAUAAUAGAAAAAGAAAGUGAGCCACUUGAAGAAUUUAUAGAUGGUAACUUCCCACAACUGGUUAUUGAAAAUGCCAGAGAAAAGAUCCUGAGCAACAAGUCUCUUCAGGAGAAGCUCGCUGAGAACAUCAACAAAAUCCUGAGCAGUGAUGGCAAUGUCACUCAGGCACCCAAACAGACAGACAGUGGCCCAGCAGAACAAGAGACAUCAAUUGAUGAAAUCCUUGGACUUCAGGGUGAAAUUCAUAUGUCAGAAGAGGCUAUACAGGACAUUCUGGAACAGACAGAAUCAGAUCCAGCUUUUCAGGCACUCUUUGACUUGUUUGAUUAUGGGAAGAACAAGGUAAACAAGAAUUUACCUGCUGGUAUUUCUGGUCAGAGUGGGGUAGAAAAUACAAUCCUGGUGGAUGAGGAUAACCUGGAAACACUUCAAAGUUCUUUAGGAACAGAAGAAACUAGUGAUAAUUCUAGAGAAGCACUAGCCUGUAAAGGUUUUCAGCUAGCAGAAGCAUCAUGUGCAUUGAAGAACACCAUUAGUGAUGAUGAUACAGCGAAGAAAAACGCAACCAGCGAACAACUGCAUGGAAAUUGUAGACCAAGGAAGCAGACUGAUGUGCUUAAAACUGUUACCCCUGAACAUAUUGGCGAGCUUGAAAUUGCUUUUGACUCUGUGCCUGUUUUGACUGAACCUAACAAGAGGCAGAUUCCUGACAGUGAGUGUAACGAACACUGUGGAGAUUCUUUUGAUAAAAAAGAGUCAUCUGCACUAGUUUCUGAAAGUGAAAAAUCUAUGGGAAUUGGAAAAGGCACACUAAGUCAUAGUGCACAAAGUAGUCCUAAUUUGGAAUAUGUUCAUUCUGGUAGUCCACAGAUUUCUUUGAUUUCACUGGAAGAAGGUUCUACAGCCAGUGAAAACAGAAUACAAUCUGGAAGUAAAUGUUGCUUAUCACCAGAUACAUCAAUAUCUGAAAAAACACUUAGUAAAAGCUCUUCUGAUGGAAGCCCCGGUCACAGUGUAGUGCUGAGAAAAAAUAAUGCACCAAUUUCUGGCCUGUCAGCAGAUGCAGGAAAAGAACAGCCUGUAACAAACGAUACAGCUCCACUACCUAGUAUUUUACAGAACUCAAGCCACCAUGCUAAUCAGCAGGAGCGGAGUGUGCAGUCGGACUGUGCUGCAAGAUCUGCAGUGAAAAUUCCAGAUCUUGCCAAAACAGAGUUGCAGCUUGAAGUUGUUGAUACUUCUAACAAACCAUAUUCGAGUGAUCAGCAUACGCUCGAUAAUCCUAAGAAGGAUUUUAACCUCCCUUCAGGACCAUCAAACUCAGAGGGAGCACAAGUGGAAAUGCAGGAACCUUCAUCUUCUACAAAAGUAGAUGCUGAUAAUAUAUAUUUCUCCCCUGGUGAUGAGGCGUGUACAGAAAUUUCUGUAGUAUCCACUGAAAAUAAUCUUACUACAUCCGAAAUAUGCCACUCUCCUCUGCCAGAAACGGCUUCCUCAACAGAUGAGUCGGGUACUGAAGCCAAAAGUGUAAGUGGUGUGUCUUCCAGUAGUCAAGCAAUGGAUGUUGAUCCUUCUAAUAUAAUGUCCCUGAAGAUCAUCAUCAGUGAUGACCCGUUUAUUUCUUCAGACACAGAGUUGAAUAAUGCUGUUUCCAGCAUCACAGGAGAAAACUUGCCAACCAUCAUACUGUCUUCCCCAGCCAAAUCCCCAACGAAAACUACAGGCCUGUCCAAAUGUCUGACUUCAGAGGACCCAGAAAAAGGUGUGGAUUCAGCUUUGGCGGAGCAGAAUCUUCUCGUGCUUAGACCUAAAGAUCCUGUGGCCACCUCCGUUAACACUCAGAAUGAAGACUGCAGUGUUUUUUCAGUUGCAGGUACAAAUAAUCUUUCCAAGGAAGGGGGAUUUAUACAGUUGAUGCCAGCAACCAGCACAGCUUUUGGCAAUUCAAACAACCUUUAUAUUGCCACGUGCGUGACUGAUCCAGCUACCUUGGGCACAGCUGUAACACCAUCAAAUGUCGUUGUAUUGCCUGGCAAUUCCAUGCCUCUUGCUGCGCAAGCUCCAGCAGUACAGCAGUUACGGACUCCUCCCAGAUCCAGCAGCACCUUUGCAGCAAACCAGACCGUCUCCCCAAACUUCCCACAAGGUUCUGCCAUUAUAAUUGCGUCACCAGUGCAGCCUGUUUUGCAAGGCAUGGUGGGAAUGAUACCUCUCUCGGUGGUAGGACAAAAUGGAAAUGCUUUCUCAGCCCCUGCCCGCCAGGUUCUGCAUAUGCCUGUCGCUAAUCCGGUGUGCAACAGAAGCAUCCCCAAACUUCCUAUCCCUCCCAAAUCACAGAAGAUUCCCGGAGCAAGAAACAAGACUAAUACAGGAAAACUGGUAGCAAGUGUAUCGGAGACUUUGAACCAUACGAGUUCUCGAACACAGCGGACUGGAAACCCAGACAAGCUUAUCCCUGCAGAACUAGGAAGGAAGGUGGAGGAGAACUUGCUUGCUGUAUCAGUGGAGAGCACAAGCUCCAAUUCAAGACAAGAAAGUCACAGGAGGGUGCUUUGCUUUGAUAACGUCCUACCGGCUCCAGGAGGGAACGCCCAGGUUCAGGCUGCUAAAACUUCGUCCCAAAAAGAAAGAAGUGAAAACACCUCGCUUGCUGUUGACUCUGCACCGUCCUCGGCUAAAGCACAGGCAGCAAAGCGAGAGAAGGAUAAGACGCUGCCUAGAAUUCUGUGUAAGCCAGAAGUUGGUAGCAACAGAAGCGUAUCCGCGAAGGAUCCGCAGCCCGAGCGGAAGGUGGUAGCUGCGGGGCUUCCGUUAGAUCCCUUCCACAAGACCACAGCAAAUAAAGAAAACGAAUUGCGGAGAGAUGCUGAUGAAAAGCAGAAGAACCAGGACCCGGCCAAACUCUCAAAUGGUCAGCAGAGCGUUAGCCUGUGGAAUGAGAAGACGGUCGCUUCGGUGCAGGACCUGAACAAAAAGCAAGGGUCGCUGUCAAACGGGAAUAGCAAAUCUGCAGCGCCCGCUUCUUUGUCCUCAAAGGAGCCAAAGCGAGAACCAGCUAAAGCUGCCAGCCAGGGCCUCUGCCUGUCAAGUCCGUUCACUAAACAGUGCGUGGAAAUGUUGCAGGACAUUCAGUGGCACAGCCCUACGAGCAAGACAGUUGAAAACGGAGAGUUGCCAGUGCCCCGUACGCCGUCUGGAGUUGGGGACAGGCACACGGAUGAUACUACAGACAGCGUGAGGACGCCGACCUGCCGGCGCUUCAACGAGGACAGCGCGACCCCUCGAAUAAUGGUCCCUCCUGCCACGCCAGACCUGCCUGCCUGCAGCCCAGCGAGCGAAACAGGUAGUGAAAACAGCGUCAGCAUGGCUGCUCACACGCUGAUGAUCCUGUCGCGGGCUGCUAUUGCAAGGACUAGUACCGCGACUCCUCUGAAGGACAACACGCAGCAGUUCAGGUCUUUAAGGAGCACGGUCAAGAAGAGGAAACUGGAGGACUUGAGUGAGGGCGAGAGGAAUUCCCGUUCUGCAAACAGAAAAGACCUUCAAAGCUCUCCAACACCAUCAAAAAAGAAGAAAAUAAAGAAAAAGAAGCUACCGAAUUCUUUUCCAGCAGGAAUGGAUGUGGACAAGUUCUUGUUAUCUUUGCAUUAUGAUGAAUGAAAAAAAGGAAAGGCGAACUGUGACCAUAUAAAGCUAGGUAUUGUUAUGCUGAGGAUUUGCAUGAGAACUUAAUUCUAAAGGGUGAGUUGCACUUUCAGUGCACUGAAGUUUCACUUUAUAGCAAAAUCAUGCUCUUUCUGAAGCAGGUUGCUAAGUGUAAAUAUUGCAUUGGUAUAUGUUUAUUUUUGAAAAAGCACUUGCAUAAUUACAGAGCCAUUUAAUUUGCAAAGUUGUAAAUUUGUAUAAAUGUAAUGUAAGAAAAGUUGUACGUUUCCUGUUACACCGUGUUGUCUGUGUUCUGCUGCAUUCUCUGUUCACCCACAUGAAUUGCUCAGUCGAUUUACGAAAAGGUUGUGGAUUUGAAGGCGGUGUUUGUAAUUCGCUGUUCGAAGACCUGACAGUUAACUUGGCCAAUUGCCAUUGUCUUGUUGAAUCCUACAGUAACUUACUUUUCAGUUAAAACUGGCUUGUACUAAAAUUCCGUUCUCUUAGAACUGUCAAACGCAGGUGGUAAGGCUUUGAAUGAGUUAACAAAAACACCAGUAGCUAAAGGUAAGGCCAAAAAAAAAAGCCACCCAAAAGCAUUUCUAAUCUCAUGAAGCUUUUCCCAACCAGUCUUUGAGAUGAGAUUUUUAAUUUGUAUAGUCCGCAUAUGUUUAAAGUACUUGUAGGAUGUAUUUUGAAUGCAAAAGCUGUUUUCAAACAAAGUACUUCCAGUAUGCAUAGUUCAGCUGCAGCAAUAGCUGGACAAGGAUUUCAAAGUGUUCUAUUGCAAACGUAAGUUCUUUCAUCCGUCACUUCUGUUGUUAAGAAAGCAUUUAUUAUUAUUACUUAUGUUUUUAAUCAGACACAGUAAAAUUUGCAUCCUUCUGUUGAACAUAGAACUCCUCAUAGCUAUUAUACAAAUCGUUCAAAUAAAGAGAUGCUCAAGCUACAUUUUCAGUACUAAUUAGCAUGGGAGGAAAUGGCCACACUAAGCCUUGCUCCAGUACUGCAAAAUUUCCUUUACUGGUGUUUCUUCCUUCGUUCUCCAGUUGUUGAGUUCUUAAACAAUGCAAGUUCUCUUGUAACAGUUCUGUACAGCAACAGGGCAAUGUUUCAGAUAGUAUACAAGGAUUCCUAAGGAACCAGUAUUAUGCAGUAGAUGUUUAUAUUAAACCCAUCCAAUAACUGAAUACUGCAUAGCAUUUACAGCUUUAAUAAAUAUUUUUGUUU